GACCCGGGAGACGGGCUGCCACAGAGGCAUUGCAGACAGCGCGUUUGGGAGGUGUAGUGGAAGAAAGGCAAAGAAACGGAGUAAAUGAGACCACUUUGUCCAGAUUGUUGAAGGACUUAUCAACUUAAUACACCGCCGAAACAGCUCACUAUAAUGAGACGGACACAUUGUUGAAUUCCUGUCCAGGUAUCCACCAUUGAGAAGGCGGCUGUAAACCCCAAGACCUCGUCUCCAGGCUCCAGCAAAGAGCCCUGUGAAGAAAACUUGGGAAACAAAGCUGUGUCUCUCCCUGUGGGAAACCUGGAUCCUCCACCCUGCCCACCAACAUGACCAAUGUGGUGAUUGUCAAGGAGGGGUGGCUGCAUAAAAGAGGAGAAUACAUCAAGACCUGGAGGCCGAGGUAUUUUCUCCUGAAGAGUGAUGGUACAUUCAUUGGCUACAAAGAGCGACCGCAAGAUGUUGACCAGCUGGAAACCCCCUUAAAUAACUUCUCUGUCGCACAGUGCCAGCUGAUGAAGACGGAACGGCCCAAGCCCAACACAUUCAUCAUCCGCUGCCUGCAGUGGACCACUGUCAUCGAGCGCACCUUCCACGUGGAGACCCCCGAGGAGAGGGAAGAAUGGACUAAAGCCAUCCAAGCAGUGGCUGAAGGCCUCCAGAAACAAGAGGAGGAGAUGAUAGACCUCUCUCCGGACCCCAUGGACAUGGAGGUCUACCUGACCAAACCCAGACAGAAAGUGACUAUGCACGACUUUGAAUACCUCAAACUCCUGGGAAAAGGCACUUUUGGCAAAGUUAUCCUGGUAAAGGAGAAGGCCACAGGACGCUACUACGCCAUGAAGAUCCUGAAGAAGGAGGUGAUCGUAGCAAAAGAUGAAGUGGCGCACACACUCACAGAGAACAGAGUCCUCCAGAAUUCAAAGCAUCCGUUCUUGACAGGACUGAAAUACUCCUUCCAGACACAUGACCGCUUGUGCUUCGUAAUGGAGUAUGCAAAUGGCGGCGAGCUUUUCUUCCACCUGUCAAGGGAUCGUGUAUUCUCAGAGGAGCGGGCGCGAUUCUACGGUGCGGAGAUUGUGUCGGCGCUGGACUACCUGCAUGCUGAGAGAAACGUGGUGUAUCGAGAUCUUAAGCUGGAAAACCUUAUGCUGGACAAAGACGGACACAUAAAGAUCACAGAUUUCGGCCUGUGUAAGGAGGGGAUCACAGAUGGCGCCACCAUGAAAACGUUCUGUGGGACGCCAGAAUACCUGGCACCCGAGGUGCUGGAAGACAAUGACUACGGCCGGGCAGUGGACUGGUGGGGUCUGGGGGUGGUGAUGUACGAGAUGAUGUGUGGCAGACUGCCUUUCUACAACCAGGACCACGAGAAGCUGUUCGAGCUCAUCCUCAUGGAAGACAUUCGCUUCCCUCGGACACUUGGCGUCGAGGCCCGCUCGCUGCUCUCUGGCCUCCUAAAGAAAGAGCCAACGCAGAGGUUAGGUGGCGGAUCUGACGAUGCCAAGGAAAUCAUGCAACACAAGUUUUUUGCAUCAAUUGAAUGGCAAGACGUUUAUGAGAAGAAGCUGGUCCCGCCGUUCAAGCCCCAAGUUACCUCGGAGACGGACACACGAUAUUUUGACGAGGAGUUCACAGCACAGACCAUCACUAUUACGCCACCUGGACAAGAAGACAGUAUGGAGUCGUUUGACAGCGAGCGGAGACCCCACUUCCCCCAGUUCUCCUACUCUGCCAGUGGGACGGCCUAAAGCGACUAUCAUCUGUUCACCUGGUCCCACCGCCUCCCCCCACCCCCGCCCGACUGCACUCUCUAAAGACCGGGGCCACAGCCCCAUCCUCCCUGCAUUGUCUGCAAGAUGCCGUCGGUGGAUGUAACAUUUCAAAUCUGCAAGUUGUGUUUUCCAGGAAGGAGGAAACUCAAGACAAAACAAAGAUCACUGUGGUUGUUCUGAGGCCUUUGAAGACUGACCACGAGAGAGUUCAACACUACCCUGCAUCUCCUAGUUGUUGUGUUGUAUACUGAGCAGGCAUCCAUACACCAUAAUGAAUAGGGAAGUGCAGUCAUGUUAUGCCCAAAUUAGGCCACUGAUGUGAGUUUUUGUAAUAAAAAUAUACAACUGAAUAUGAAUCAACCAUUUCAAAUAGAACACAGGCAUACUGCGGACCAAAAAAGAUCACGUGAGCAGAGUGUGUUGUUUAUCGAGUGGGUAAACAAUCCAUGUUUUCCUCUCUUAAGACUUCUGAACAAUUCCUAGAAUUUUUUUAGUGAAUGUACCGUAUCAAAUAAAGUCAACAUUUCUGCAUUCUUACGUCUUGUAACACAUGGCUGAUUCUCCUAAGACUGAAAUCUUCGGGAGGGGAUUUGUAUUGUAUCACUUUUCUACUUACCCUGAUGCAAAACUGACACCAAUCAGUGUGUUGUAUUAUCAUACCACACCACAACGGGUCUAAUGUGAGGAGUCACAGAGUGGUUAAUCAUUCAGGUAAUGCAUUCCUCUUGACUGUUUGCAAAGUCACUGAGAGGCCCCACAGUUUCCUGUUCAGGAUAAUAAUGAGCUCCUCCACCCCUCCUGAAGUAGGUGCUUUUAGUUCCUGAUGCCUUGCUGUCUCGAUGCUGAGCUGCAGACCUCCUGGUUUCCUCUGAUCAGGGUCACUCACUGCUGACCAAUCAGAAACUCUUCUCUCCUCUGGGUUUUUCCUCCAUGUACAGUUCAGUAUUGGGUGUUUUCCACCCAGUGCAUUCACUGCAGCCUCAAUGAGGUCAUUACACAUAAUACACUUAUUUUGGAAUACUUUGCAGACAAACUGGGCUUCAGGGGAAACACACACAAAGAGUUAUCUUUGAUUUGUUACUUUAGGGGACUUCUAUCCCUUCACGAGCUUCUGAGUUAUUUAUAUGAGACCAGCAUUGACUAAAAUGAGUUUUCUUGUGCCAAUGAUAUGUACUUUGCUGCCCCAAAAUGAUUGUAUCUGGCUUUGUAUUUGUAGUUUUUUGGUUGGAAAAUACUGAAUUAGCUUAUUUUAUAAUGUAAAUUCUAAUAUUGUUGAUACAAAUAAAACAAGAGUUUCUUGUUGAAUGAUUCCCCCCCCCCCCCCCCCCCCCCCUUUUACAGACAACUGAGGCUUCACUGAAACUCCUAUUUGAAAGUGUACUAAGAAGUUUCCAAAAGCGCUUCAGUAUUUCUUUUUUUUUAUGACAGAUAAUCAUUUUUCCAAAAGUGCAUCAUUAUACGUUAUUGAAUGUAAUGGUUUUUAUGAUAUUGUUUUCACUUCAAUCGUUUGCAAGCCUUUUGUUCAGUUUUUGAUUGUUACUUACUCCUAUGCACGCUCACCCUUCUGCUGUCACCUUCUGAAAAUAGGGAAAUACAUUUUAUUUCAACAUUUUUGUACCUGCCCUCCCAUAUUCCUGAGACCGAGGACACCAGCUUUAGUAAACAAAUAAUAUAAACUUUGUACACUGUUUUUACUCAAAUUGAUGAAAUAAAAGGUCUUAACAAAAA